AUGAAUGAUGAGUAGUACUCGGAUUUUGAACCAAGUCCGAUUAAUAAAAGACCAUAAUUAUUCCCAAUUCAAAGAUCAAAUGAGUCUUCUGUUUUUUCGUUCAGCAUCAGAGAUGAUGAGGAAAAUAUUGAGCCUUUCAAAACAAAGACUAGCCUGACAAAGACAAAGCCAAUGCCAACUAUAAUUAUAGAUGAGGAUACCACUUAAAAAAACUAAGACAAAAAUGAAGAAGCGGAUGACACUACAAUGCAGUAGUAGAAUUAGGCUAACAACAGUAACAUGCUGUCAUUAGAUCAAAUAAAGUGGAACAAGUUAUAGAGUCUGCAAACUAUAAAGAAAUUCGUGGAUGAUAGUAUAGAUGAGAGCAUAAAUGCAAGUGAAGUUAUGAGGGAGGAAGAAAUAGUCUUGGAUUUAGCUGAGAGCAGGUAAAAUAGUAAGUUCCAUAAAAUCCAAUUAAUACUGGCCUCUAAAAUCUGCUGUAGAUUCAUCCAGGAUGAUUAAACCAAUCAAGUCAAUGAUUCGCCAGAUUAAAAUGACCCAAUGGAAAACAAAACAAGAAAUAGCUUUUUCGCCUCAGAAAUAAAUCGCCAAUAGACAGAGGAUGAAAAGCUAAAGUCUUCUAAUGAUUAUUUAAAUAAACUAUUCAACAGAAGGCUUGGAACAAGGCAAGCGAAUGAUCCGAAUGAUCUUAACAGACUACCAACAUUAUUCACUAAUGGAGAUGAAAUUUUAGAUGAACUUGAAACUUCAGCACUAAAUCAAGCUUUUGGAGGAAAUUUGAAAAAUUUUUUAAGUACUAUCAAGGUAGAAGAACCAGUCUAAGAAGAUGAUGGACUGAACGAGUAUGAAAAAAUAAAAAAGAAGUACAACAUCGAUGACGAGGAGAUUGAGAGAGAUCUGUACAAUGAUGCUAAGGGCGAUGAUCAAGAAGAAAUAGAAGAGGAUCCUUUUGAAUCUAAUUUCUUCAAUAUUUUGUAAGAAUCAUAAAAUAAUUGUUAACAAUUUAGUAAUGUCAUUCUUUCAUUCUUGUUUGUUAUCAUGAUCAUGACUGAAUGCGAUUUUUCAAGUUAGUAGAAGAUCAGUACAAUCAUGUCUAAGAUUUUUGAUGAAUCAAGCUAUGAUAGCUAAGGAAGUACAAGAUAAGACAUUACAACAUCUGAUUAAAUUUAUGAAUACCUGAACAACCUACUCUUGCCAGUGAUAUUUGAUGAAAGAACAAAAGCCACUGUAUCAAAUCCAUUUAUUACCAAUCAGACAUAUCUAGAUCAGUUAUUAAAUGAAACAGCCCACUAUAUCAAUAACUUCAAUUAAUUCGUAGGUUUGAGAGUAACAUACAAGAGGCAAAAGAUGGAAUAAAAUCCAGAUGAUAAAAGCCAUAAAGUACUGCCAAAUAUAGCCCCAGAGAGAUUUAACAUUAAAAGUCCUGGUGAUUAUCCGGAUUAUUAAGAACCUAUCAAAGUUCCAAAUAGCAACAAGGUUUAUAACUAUCAUAGCGAUGGUGGAGCCUUCAAGGUAGGUGGCUACACUGAGAUCAUCCUGGGAAAGAGAACAUAUAAGGAAGCUUAGCAAUAGCUAUCAGAUAUGAAAAAUGCAGGAUGGUUUGUAGAUAACAAUUUGCUUUACAUGGCUGUAGAAAUAAUGACUUAUAACAUAAACUAUGAACAUGCUGGUUUUUAUACUUUUCAACAUACUAGAGAUAUAACAGGAUUUCUAGAUACUGAUUCAGGCAGAUUUUACACUAUAUAUCCCAAGCUCUAUGAUGAGUAAUUUCCUCCAAUCUUAAUUUGCAUAAUAAUGAUUCACCAUGCAAGAGUAUUUUUCAGAUUAAAAAAAUGGGGAUUAGAAUGGUACUAUUACUUAGAUAUUGUAAUUUACUUUCUUUCCACUUAGAGUCUUUGGUAUUGGUUUUAAAACUUAGGUACAAGAAGCUAGUUCAACCUGCCAGUGGAUGAUGAAGCCGAAUUUGAAAAAUGGAAUGAAAACUAAUCAUACAUGAGGAAUUUCUUAAGCAUAAGCCCUAUUGCAGUUAUAUUCUUAUGCUUUAAGAAUUUGUAGAUAUUUUCAGUAUAUUUCCCUGCUUUUGGAGUACUGUUUGAUACUAUAAAAAAAUCAAAGAAUAAUGCCCUUUCCUUCUUUAUCAUGUCUAUGAUACUGAGCUUUGGCUUUAUUAUCGCCGGAAUGAUAAUGUUUGGGAAUUAGCUACUUAAUUACAACUCAAUAGAAAAUUCAGCCCUAUCUUUAUUCUUCAUAAUGAUGACUUAAGCUUAAACAGAAUAUACAGAUAUGGAAAUGACCAAUCCAGUUGGAGCUCCUCUAUAUUUCUUUCCUUGUGCAGUCCUGUUUUAAAUCAUUCUCAUUAAUAUGUUUAUGACUCUGAUCAUAACUAUUUACGAUGGCAUUCGACAAAAAAAGCAACUUGAAAGUGAAGCCAUUGCCAAGAUUCUCAUAAGAGACUAUCAAUGGAAGUUUAAACUUUGGGCCAAUUUUAUUCUCUGUAGACUUGAUCGUCGAACUAAAGAAGAAGUUUUCGUAGAUGACGAGGAUGAUGAAGAAAAGAAAGCAAAAUUAAAAAGUCAGAUUGCGUAAAUGUAGUUAGAAUAAAAAAGACUAAAGUCUGACCUAAAGACUACUUUCUUAUUCAACAAGGUCUAGUUAUUUGGCUAAACUGAGAUGCAAACUAAGGAAAAAUAUGAAGAAGAAGUAGAAUUGAAUAAAAGGAAAAUCCUACAGAAAAAAAAGAUUGAUAUCAUUAAGCGAAUUGUGAAGUUUAAAACUGUUGAUAAAAGUGAUUUUGAUGAUUUAAAACAAGCAAUGAUAUACUUCGUAUUCAUUAUUAUCUAUGUUGCUGUUGUGCUACUGGUCUUGAAUUUAAACACAACAAAUGGCACCGCGAGUAAAAAAUAAGAAACAAUAAAGUCAGUAAAUACAAGUACAGGUAUUACAGAUUAAUCAUAAUAAGGUAAUGAAGAAAAGGCAUCUACUAAUGGUGUAUAUGAACUUAAAAGUAGCUUAGUUGAUAUUCAAUCAACACAAGAUGUGGAAAACUGGAUAUUGCUUAAAUUGUUUGUGUAUAUAUACAAGGCAAACAAUGAGUCCAAUCAAUUUUUGAACUAAAAUUAUUUCUUUGGCAAGAAUAGAGUUAAGGCUACAUUGAGGUUGCAAAAAUUACAUCCAAAUAUGGAAGAAUCAACCAAUUCUAGCGUUAAAUACUAUAGAAAUACUGUGACUUGGAAGGCAGAUUCCACAUCAGAUCCAUAUAAUGAAAUUACACAAGACUUUGUGGGAGAAUCAACAGGAAAUACAUACAGAUAUAUUAAGCCUGGUUCAAUACUAACUUAUGGAAAAGCUGGUGGAUUUAUUUUUUACUUUACUAACAGUUCAGAUGAAGGAUUUAACUUACUUAAAUAGAUAUAUCAAGAUAAGAUAUUAGAAGGUGAAUUAUCAACGCUUGUACUUGAAAUGAAAACUUAUAAUCCUAAUUAUAGAGCUAUUAUUAUAACUCAGGAACUUGAUUAUUAAGAAUUAGAAAAAGAUGAUUCAAAGGAGAUUUGUCAUUGCUUGAAGGUUUUCUUUUUCCAUAUCAGAUUUGAUUUCUACAUUCAUCAAAAAAAGAGAACUAACUUUACUCUACUUUAAUACCUAAAUUAAGGAGUUUUCCAUAUCUUGGGAUUCACCUCAGUAAUUCUCUCUAAUUUCUUGAUAGUUUUAUGGAUUAAGCUCUUGGUGCUAAGAUAUAUAGAAUUUGACUCAAAUGGGAAAUUUAAACGAGAUGUGACUGGCUUCCUUAGCCAGGAAGAAAUUGAUAAUGUCUACUAGAUUGAUGUCCUUAGUUAUUAUGUUUACCUUCAAGAGACAUAUGUACUUAUCUCAUCAAUUAAUGCCUUGAUAAAUUUCUGGAGAAUGUUUCAGUUCUUUCAAUUCUCUAUUAAGUUGUCUGUGUUUACAGAGAUUCUCAAAGAUUCAAAGAGUGAUAUCAUGUACUUCCUGAUUAUGUUCAUAAUUAUUUUACUCGGAUAUGGUGUUAUGGGAUCAGCUUACUAUGGGGAAAAUUUAAAGGAGUAUUCAGACUUAUUGCAAACUUUUAUACAGCUGUUCUAGCUGAUGAUAACCUUCUUUACAUAUGAAGAUUUUGCAAAGUAUUCAACUCUGACUCCCUUAUUCUUUAUCACAUUUAUGGUUUUCUUCACUAUGUUUUUACUCAGUAUGCUUGUAGCUAUCAUUAUAGCACAUUAUUCAGAAUAUGAGCAGCAGUAGGUCUUGCUAAAGAUGAACAUGAAGGAUGAUGAUAAUAGCUUCUUUCAAUUAGUUUUCUGCUUUAUGAGAUAAGGAAUAGCUCCUGAUGAAUAUCAACUCAGUGAGAGUUCUCUUAAAAAGUGUUGGUUCAAAUGCUGGAAAAAGAUAGAGGAUCUAUUGUUCGCAAAAGAAGAAGUUGAUAAGGAAUUAGAGGAAGAGAUAUAAUAGCUUAGAUCUCAGUUAAGUUCUAAAUACAAAAAGCCAAAGUAUGACAAAAGGGAUGUUUAAGAAUCUUUAAGACCCUAUUUAAAUCAAGAAACAUAAAACAUUAAGACAACUGAUUACUAGAUGACAUAGAAAAACGAAGAAGACGAUGAAGAAGGAAAAGAAAUGAAUUUUGAUUUUAAUGUCGACAAUCAAGGAAAUGGAAAGGAUCAUUAAAAGAGACUUAUCAUCAUGAGAAAUCCAUAAGCAAGAAACUAUCAUCAACUAAAGAUAGGAGUAUUGGGAAAGCUAGAGGAUGAUGCAGAUAAUGAGAUAAAAACUUAAGCUGUAACAUGGCUCGCUGCUCUUGAAGAUGAAUUGUUUACUGUCUCAAACUUCUAAAUUUUAUAUACAGAAUUUUUGGAGCCUGAGGAUACCUACUACAAAGAGGAUAUGUUUCCAAUUUAUGAUGUAGACAAGUUUAAUAAUUACCAAUCUUAAUUCCUUGUAGCAAUUACCCUUGAAGACUAAGUUGAAAUUUGGAAUAAAGCAUCGAUUCCUUAAAAAUAAGAAAUUUGGGAAAUUUUAGACUUCAAAAAAAUUAUUGAUGAUACAAAUACUAUUACAAGUGAUGACACCCUAGACAACUUCUUUGAUUACUUCCUAAAUUGUACAAAGGGAAAAAAGACUUGGGCUAAACCUAUUUUGACAUAUAAAAGAAUUAUGCGGUCACCUGAGUAUCAAAUGAAUGAGUAUUCAAGAGCAUCAGACUUGUAAUAUUUACUGUGGAAGGAGCACACAUGUGAAAAGGAUAAAUUUCUCCUUUGGUUCUAUCAUUUUAGUACUUACUACAGGAUAAAACUCUGGAAUAAAUUAAACUUCAGUGAGGACUAUGCAUUAGCUUUUGCUAAUUCAAAUACUCAUACGAGAUAAGAUCUUGUGAUAUUUUUAAUUGAAAAACUUGAUGCAGUAAGAUAUCAAUAUAUCGAAUUUCUAAUGAGAAGAUAUGAAAAACUUCUGAUAAAAAAACAAAAGGUAAUCAAUAUUAAGAGUUCUGUUCAUGAAUACAAAAAAGUCAUAGAAGGAAUAGAAGAGAUCGAACUAAUGCUCUAAAAUAUCAUUUAAAGAAAGAUAAGACUAUAGGAAAUAUUGAAAGUAGCUCCUGAAGAAAUCAGGAGCAAGCAUAUUAAUAAUGACUUUUACAUAAAGGUCUGGGAAAUAGUUAAGAAUCGUGAAUAUAAGGAGAUACAUCCUAAAACAGGGUAGUCUAUCAUUAGUGCUGUUAGAAAAAUAAAAUAAGGUCUUGAACUAAAUGAUACUCCCUAACUUACUGAUGAUAAGGAACAAAACUAUAAUCAAAGGGCCGAAACUCUGAUUGAUUAAUUAGAUUUAGAGGAAUAAAAAGAACUAAAACCUAAGAUUGAUCCAAUUAUCAAGAAGAAGCGUAUUCCGAAUCUCUUUUCACCUCAGGAUAAUAAGCCUGAAUAUACUUAAAAAGAGUUCCUUAAAGAACUUGGUGUCACUGUAGAGCAAAUGAUGAGAUAAAAAUUUAAGAUCACCAAGAAUAAGACCCCUUAAAAAAGUCCAAGUAGAAAUCCAGCGAAGAGCCCUGAAAAAAAUCUGACUACCAAAAUAAAUUAUGAUAAAGUUUAAUUAAGAGUACCUUCAAGAAGAGAUUCUACAGAUAGAGUAUCAACAGGCUUACCUAGAACAAGAGCAGAAACACCAGAUGUCAAUUUAUUUAGAGCUUAAAGCGACAGAAAAGUUGUUUCCUUUAUGUAAUCCUCUCAAUUUAACGGAAGACCUGCUGAUACCGAGAGAAACUUAGAAACAGAAAGGUAAUUUGAAACAGAUGAGAAGUUUAAUAUAACUCUAAGAGAUGAGGAAGAGCAGGAAUAUUAAGCUGAAGAGUUAAACUUUAAACCCAGUAAACUUUAUACCUAGCUUUACGUCAGCAUUAAAUAGUAAGCAAUUUUUGAAGAGAAAUCUAAGAGAAAUAGUAAAGAUCUUAAAAAGAAGAAAACUGCUUUUGAUAUUGUAGAUGUCAAAUUACCUAAAUAAAAACACCUCAAGAAUAUGAAGCGAAUUUUCUAACAGAUGAUUGGGGGAAUAGAUGGCCAACUUUGUAAAGAUAUGCAAUCUGAAUGUCAGUCUAGAGUCCAAUCUCUUAUGUACCAUGAUAAACUUCUAGGAGAUCCACGUAAAUUGGAAAAGAUAGAAAAAUUUAAAAAGCUAUUUAAGUACAACUACAUCAGAAAAAGAGUUGAUUCACAUGAAGAAAGAUUGCCGCUGUGGCUUGGAUUGCCUUUAGAUGAGAAAAUGAAAAUGAUCGUGGGUUAAAGGAUUGAAACAGAGGCUGAAAUGAUGGAGAUGUUGCUGCUAGAAGAAAUUGACUGGUUUGGAAAAGGCUUCUACAAGUUAGAGCAGCUAGAUACUAUUGUGGAGAGAGGACUAGAUAAUUUAGUCUAUGAAAAAUAUUAAAAACUAACUGAAAAGCAAUCAAUGGAUAUUAUAAACUCUAACGUGGAUAGAGCAAUAAAUAUUAAUUAGGAUGAGGAUGUGCUUCUAUUAAAGUAUAUGGUAUUCCUUGAGGAGAGAUCGAAGGCAAUUGGAGUCUAAACAGUAGCAGCAUAGAAGAAUAUGAGAAGACUUAAAGAUGAAAACAAAAGAAUUGAAGAGAGAAUAAAGUGGAACAAAAAUUUUAAGAAAGGUAAAAGUGAAAAGGUUUAAUCUAAAGAUGAAAAGAUCAGUCCAUGGAAAAAGAACUCGAAGAAAGAAUGA